AUGUUCGUGGAGUGGAAGGCCAGGUGCAGGAAGACCUAUAGAUACGCCGGCGAAGAGGAAUGCCGGUACGCGGUGUUCAAGGACAGCCGCCGCCGUGUCGCCCGGUCCUGGGCCGCUGGGAUGACCACAUCUGGCCUUAACAGUCUCAGCGCCAGCGCCAUUGAGGAGAUAUACCGCGGGCGCGGGGUCCGGAUGGGGGAGGAAUCGUACGAGCAGAAGACCCGCCGGAUGUUCGUGGGGUGGAAGGCCAAGCACGGCAAUACCUACAGAGACGUCGGUGAGGAGGAAUGCCGGUACAGGUUGUUCAAGGGCAACCGCCGCGUCGUCGUCCGGCUCAACGCCGCCGCCGCCGGGCAAAACGUGUACGGCCUCAACCAAUUCGGCGACCUCACCAACGAGGAGGUCCAAGAACGCUGCUACCCGGAGAUGGAGGACCGAGAGCUGAGCGCCAGGUGCCAAGCCGCCGUCCCCGACCCGGGCCCGGACCCUGUCCAUGGGAGGCUGUUUCGGUACCAGAUAAAAGACACAGUGACUAACAUGCAGUCCAUUGUUCGCAAGAGGCUGUUGCCAGAAAGCGAAGUUGACAGAAAGGUUUGCCGGUGCAUUGCUACGGAACUGAAACAAACAGAGUCUGGAGGUAGCGCCAUUCCUGGAGAUGAUCCACAUGUUGAUCUGAACGUCACUUGUGUUUGUUGCCGGAGAAUUUUAGAAUAG